AUGACCAUGUCCACCAAUGCCGAGCGCGCUAUCCGGAUUUUGGUCAUCAACCCCAAUACCUCCACCCAUAUGACAGAUGGCCUCAAGCCAAUACUAGAUCGCCUCAACUAUUCUGAUGUGCAAUUCGAAUACUUCACGGCGCCGAAUGAACCGGUCACGGUUGACGGACGCACCUACGAACCCAUCUCCAGCAUCAACUCCGGGGAAGAAUCCGCCCAGUCGGCACUCAAUUGCUGGUCAGUCUUGGACCGAAUCUCGCAUUUUGAUGCGUUCCUGGUGGCAUGCUAUUCAGCUCACCCGCUAGUGGGUGUACUACGAAAGCGUAUCCAGGAAUUUGAGAAGACUCAUCCCUCAAGUCGCAAGAAGUAUGUGACCGGCAUUUUCGAGGGUAGUGUUACUGCCUCACUAUCAUUGAUCAGCGCAUUCGACUUUCUGAAAAUGGGCGAGCUGGACAAAAAAGAAGUUGAGGAGUCAUUUGGAAUUGUGACUACUGGCAGUGCCUGGAAAGCCGAGCUUACCAAGGCGGUUACCCAGAUGCUCGGCACCCAUGGCUCUACUCGGUUCGCAGGUGUUGAGACUACCGGGCUGACGGCCGGAGAGCUUCACACAACACCCGCGGAAGAAGUGAAGCAAAGGAUCAUUAAUGCCACUCAGAAGCUGCUUCGGGAGUCGGCAGUUCCUGUCGGUGCUAUCUGUAUGGGAUGUGCAGGCAUGGCAGGGAUGGAAGAGGCCGUGCGAGAGGGAUGUGUGCGUGCCUAUGGUGAUAUCAAGGGCCACCAAGUCAGAAUUGUUGAUGGUGUGGUUGCAGGAGCUGGAACACUGGUGACAUCGUGCAAAGCAGGAUUUUGA